UUUCUGUCCCGAUUCAUAUUCCCAUUUCCGUCGAGCUUGGUCCUGCUCAAUAGAGCACAUCGGGUUCCUACUUUACCCAUCUUCGUCGCAAAAUACAACAUGCACAUGCCACCGCCUAACUGAGCAGUGGAAGUCCUGGGUGCGCUGCGCCCAAAUCCAGUUGAUUGACGACUAUCAUGCCGCCAGCGGACGUUGGCUCUGGGGCGAGUGGUCGCGUUGGAAAGCGGAAGCGAGGCUCUGAGGCCGUGCCGACUCCGACUGCCGUUGCGGGAACAAGCAGAAGGGCACCGAAAUCCAAGCCCAAGGAUGCCUCGUCGUCUGGCACUUUAUCGGGGCCGCCACCUGCGUCUCUCUUCACGACCAUUCUUCCCAAGCAGCCCGAGGAGUGCGUCAUCGACUGGCCCGACUGGUUCAAGAAGCUGGAAAGGACAUAUCGCGCGCUGAACCUCGUAUUUACCUUUUGCUGCACUCGCAAGCACCUGGCGACCACAUUCGACACGAUAAAGUCGACGGUUGAGUCGCACAUCAAGCGUGACCUGCUUGUGGCCGACGUCGCUGCCAUCGCUGCCCUCCGUCCGGAUGGCGUUCGUUUUGCCUAUGUAGACGAGGCAAUGCUGCAACUCGACGCCAAAGGCGCCGAGAGGGACGACGCUUUCAGGACCGGCUCUAAGGGCGGCUUCGCAUCGCAGAGCCUCGCCCCGGACUCGUCAGUCGGCGGAUUCACCGGCAAGGAAGGGCUGGGCGCCGCCACCCACGGAUACAGUGGCGUAGAGCCCGGUGGCAAAGAGGUGCUGCUCUUUGAGUUUGUGGACGGCGAUCUCAAGCGUGAGGUGCAGCACAAGAAGACGGGCGAGCCCACGAAGCCGACACGGCGGCUACGGGACGAAGAGUUGAAGAUGCCCGUCUUCGGCCAGAAGCAGAUGACGGCGCUCAUUGAGAAGCGGAACCAGCGGUUUCGGGCUGCUGCAGACGCCUUUAUAAACCGAUGCGUUUCAGAAUCGACGGACCCUGUGGUGGCGCUCAGGAGCGAGGCGGAGAAGCGGAUACCGAUGCCUACGGCUCGGCGAGAGCCGUCUCCAGGCCCAGACACCUGUAGCCUCCCCGAGAGCAUACCAGUGGAGCGCAAAAGCAUGCCGGAAAUUGUCCAGGAGCUCAAAGACAGCUCGUUCUACUCUGGACAGAUUGUUCCUGGUGGUCACCGCGUGUUCGAACCACAGGAGCCCAUCUUCGGCGAGUUGAACUUCUUGCUCAGCCAGGAUCUUGUCAACGCUCUGUAUAACGCAAAGGGUAUCACACAGUUCUACUCCCACCAGGCCGUGGCCAUCAACGGAUUGAACGAUGGCCAUAACGUCGUGGUCGCUACAUCGACGAGCUCGGGCAAAUCUCUCAUCUAUCAGCUCCCUGUCCUCCAUGCGCUGGAAAAGGACUAUGCGGCCCGGGCCAUGUACAUCUUUCCUACCAAAGCUCUGGCGCAGGACCAGAAAAGGAGCCUCAAAGAGAUGCUGUCCUACAUGCGCGGGCUGGAGGGGAUGCUAGUUGACACCUUUGACGGCGACACCCCAACCGAAGACAGGAACGCGAUCCGUGACGAGGCCCGGAUCAUAUUCACGAACCCAGACAUGCUGCACCUUACCAUUCUCCCUCAAGAGGAGCGGUGGCGGACGUUCCUCCAAAACCUCAAAUAUGUGGUUGUCGACGAGUUGCAUUAUUACAACGGCUUGAUGGGCUCGCAUGUGGCCAUGAUAAUGCGCCGGCUCAGGCGGAUAUGCGCAGCCGUGGGCAAUCGGCAUGUCAAGUUCGUGUCCUGCUCUGCUACGGUGGCGAAUCCCAAGGAGCAUUUCAGCACUCUUUUCGGGAUCGAUGACGUGCUUCUGGUUGACUCGGACGGCUCUCCGUCUGGGCGUAAGGAGGUUCUGUGUUGGAACACCCCUUACAAGGUCCCUGGCGACGCGUCGAGCGGGCGAGGCGACGCAAAGUACGAGUGCGCCCGCCUGUUCUGCCAGCUCGUGCUGCGUGGCGUGCGUGUGAUUGCCUUUUGCAGGGUCAGGGAGCAGUGCGAGAAGCUUGUGGGUGCCGUCAAGGCGGAACUUGAACGGCUCGGACGGCCCGAAUGCAUCGCGCGCGUCAUGGGCUACCGCGGCGGGUACACGCCACAGGACCGGCGGCGCAUCGAAGCCGAGAUGUUUGAGGGCAAGCUCAUCGGCGUGGUUGCGACCACGGCGCUGGAGCUUGGCGUUGAUAUCGGAUCUCUCGACUGUGUGCUCACAUGGGGUUUUCCUUAUACUAUCGCCAACUUUCGCCAACAGAGCGGCAGGGCUGGGAGGCGGAACAAGGACUCGCUCUCGGUCCUCGUUGGCGAUUCGUUCCCAACAGACCAAUACUACAUGCAAAACCCGGACGAGCUUUUUACGCAGCCCAACUGCGCGCUGCAGGUCGACCUGGACAAUAUGCUGGUGAGGGAGGGACAUAUCCAGUGCGCUGCGUAUGAGAUGCCGAUCCGUUCAGCCGAGGAUGCGCAGUAUUUUGGCAGCGACCUGGGCGAAAUCUGUGCGCAGCGUCUUGUCCCGGACGAGCUCGGUUUUCACCACUGCCACGAUAGGUUUCGACCGCAGCCGUCCAGAUUCAUGUCCAUCAGGGACACGGAAGAGGAGCACUUUGCGAUUAUCGACAUCUCUCACGGGAGGAACGUUGUGCUGGAGGAGCUGGAGGCUUCGCGGGCCACCUUUACAGUCUACGACGGCGCCAUAUUUUUGCAUCAGGGAAACACCUACCUCGUCCGCGACUUCAACCCAGACAAGCGCAUGGCCAAGGUGGAGAGGGUCAAGGUCGACUGGACGACGCAGCAGCGGGAUUAUACGGAUGUGGAUCCGAUCGAGACGGAAGCCAUCAAGCGCAUUGAUGGGUCUGCAAGCCGCGCUUACCAUGGGACCAUCCGAAUCACGCAGGUCGUUUUUGGCUUCUUCAAGGUCGACAAAAGAAACCGCAUCCUGGACGCGGUGCAUGUUGAUAACCCUCCAGUGGUACGAUUCAGCAAGGGCAUGUGGUUGGACAUUCCGCGGGCGGCGCUCGAAAUCCUGGAGGAGCGCCGGCUCAACGCGGCGGCGUCGAUUCACGCGGCCGAACACGCCGUCAUGAGCCUGAUGCCGAACUUCGUCAUCAGCGGCCCCGGGGACGUGCGGACGGAGUGCAAGGCUGGGCUCAAGGAGUUUUCGCGGCGCGAGACCAGCCGCAAGCGGCCGGCGCGGCUGACGUUUUACGACGCCAAGGGGGGCGCGGGCGGGUCCGGCAUCAACACCAAGGCGUUCGAGUUUGUGGACUUGCUGCUGCGGCAGGCGCUAGCGCGCGUCGAGGCGUGCAUGUGCGAGGGAGGCUGCCUCGAGUGCGUGGCCAGCGAGGUGUGCAAGGAGUCCAACGCCGUCAUGAGCAAGGCCGGGGGCGGGGUGGUGCUCCGGAAGCUGCUGGGCCUCGAAGUCGACGUCGACGCACUGCCCAUGGGGCCCGAGGAGUCGAGCCCCGCCGGCAUCGAGACGAUCGUGCUCGCGGAGCCCGUGCCGGAGAGGGCCCCCGGUCUUCUACGCGAGGGCAGCGGAUGAGUGAGCCCAGAAAGCGGUCGAGACGAUAAGCUCGUCGUCGCAGGUCCGGAAUAUUGCAAGGGGGGGCGGGACAUUACACAGCGUCCCACGGCCCGAAAUUGGCCUCGGGGACGGAACGACGCUGGGAUCCGAGUCGGGUAACUCCGAACUGGUUGUGGAUCUUAACCUUUGUCUGCACGUGGGUGUACUGGGACGCGAACCACGGCAAGGCACUCUCUGGGCCAGUGAACAAACCCUAGUAAUCCAACGGAAGACUUUAUUUUCUCACAUCACAUCGCUCGGACCGCUGCCUCCGCCAUUUCAAGGCGCUGCUGGCGCUUCCAGAUUGCAAGCCAGGGGCACCACAAAAACCACGCGAUAUUUCGAGCCCCCGCCAGGGUCUGGUUCCAGAAGUGCGCCUCUCUUCUUUGAACACCAAGCGCGGGCUCCUCCUGGUCGGCACGAUGCGACUACCGGCUGGGAGUUUAAAAAAUACCCACUCUCGAUACGACGAGCUAGAGAAAUUGGGCCCGGCCUGGGCAGCGGGGCUUCCUAAUCGGGCAGGCUCUGGCCAAGCGUUCGUGCGAAACGUGGAAGCGCACAAGGGGCCUGAUCGCCGCCCUCAGGUCGAAAACCGCUGCUCGAAAGCGUGCUCAGCCCAGGCCUAGGAAGGGUUGAGUUCGACUCGACACACCGCACGGGCUCAGGACGAGGACGAACCGCAUGGCAUUGGCGCCGGUUCCCUGGGCUUUUCAUGCCUGCCUGAUUGAUAGGCUAGGAUUGCGCUGCAAACCGCAUCGCAUCAAACCCGACAUGGCUGCCCAAGCC